AUGUCCGCACGACAGAUACACGCCCCGUCGUCCCAACCACGAGUCGAGUGUCUGGAGGACCCAGCAAACGUUUCGGGCAGUCAGAGUAGAGGAAAAGGAACAAAACAACAGAAACUUUACAGGCGAUCAGUCGGCGGCAGCUUAAGUGACAGUUCGGGCAGCGUCGCUCACCAGGAAUGUGAAAGUCCUGUUUGUGUACAUGUUUAUGUUGCUACCAAGAACAUCCCACUUGCAGAUUUUUAAAAAUAAAUUCAUUUC